CUUUACACCAUUCCCUUCACACAAUUCGAACUCAAAAUCCCUCCGAUUUCCUACAAACUUUGCUAAUCUCCUCUUACAUUCCUCAAAUCUUGUUGAAAUGGCACCAAAGGCUGAGAAAAAACCCGCAGAGAAAAAACCAGCUGCCGAAAAAGCCCCCACCGCCGAGAAAUCAUCAAAGGCCGGCAAAAAGCUCCCGAAGGACGGCGCCGCUGCUGCCGGAGACAAGAAGAAGAAGAGGGCAAAGAAGUCAAUUGAGACUUACAAGAUCUACAUUUUCAAGGUGCUGAAACAGGUUCACCCUGAUAUUGGAAUUUCAAGCAAAGCUAUGGGUAUCAUGAACAGUUUCAUCAACGAUAUCUUCGAGAAACUUGCUCAGGAAUCUUCUAGAUUGGCCCGUUACAACAAGAAGCCUACGAUUACUUCUCGGGAGAUUCAGACUGCUGUGAGACUUGUACUUCCUGGUGAAUUGGCGAAGCAUGCUGUUUCUGAGGGUACUAAGGCUGUUACCAAAUUCACCAGCUCUUGAAAGUUGAUAGGUUUUUGUUGUUUUUUCCUUUUGGUUUCUGUUGCGUUUAUGAGUUCAAUUAGAGUUUGGUGAUGUAAAGAAGAACUUUUGGUGUAAUGUUUUACAGUUCUGCAUCUGUAGCAAAAUUGGAAGUUAUGUUAAUUUUUAAAUUGAAAUUGUCUUGAUAAAAUUAAUUGGUAUGGUUAGAUUUGUCAGUGGCUAUCAAAUGAUGAUAGUUAUGUUUUCUCA